AUGGACGAAGAAAGCCAAGCCGUCCAGCCCCGAGACCAGAGCUGCUGGGCCGCCCUGCCCGACGUGUGCCUGCGUCGCGUGUUCUGGUGGCUGGGAGACAGGGACAGGUCCCGGGCCGCCCUCGUCUGCAGAAAGUGGAACCAGAUGAUGUACUCGGCUGACCUCUGGCGGUACAGGACCAUCACGUUCAGCGGGAGACCCUCCAGGGUGCACGCGUCCGAGUUCGAGUCAGCUCUUUGGUACGUGAAGAAAUUUGGCCGCUAUCUGGAGCACCUGGAGAUCAAGUUUCUGAACCCUUACAAUGCCGUGCUCACCAAGAAGUUCCAGGUCACCAUGCGAGGCCUCCUGUCCUGUCUGGGCAAGAACAACAACCGCCUGAAGUCACUGUCCGUGCAGCACCUGGAGCUGGACCGUCCCGUCUGGAGGAACAGCAUCCGCGGCUCGCUCAUCAAGAGCCUGAGCUUCUUCUUGAAGAAAGCGGGAAGGCAGCUGGAUCACCUCAGCCUGAAAGGGGCCAGGCUGACCGUGGAGCAGGGCUGCGCCGUGCUCGGCUCCCUGAGCUGCUCACGGGGCGAGAGCCUGGUGUCCCAGCUCAACAUCGAGGACUACUUCAGCCACCACCUGGCCGUCUACAGCAGCCCCCAGUUCAGCAAGACCAUGGCCACGUUCCGCAGCCUGGUGUCCCUGACCCUCAACUACAACUGCAUCUCGGACGAGCUGCUGGACGGCCUGUGCGAGAACAACGCCAGGACCCUCUGGACCAUAAACAUCAAGUGCCACGUCCACGACCCCCACGGCCAGGUCAUCUGGGGCAUGUCCUGGGCCAGGCUGGCCAGGCGCGCCUCCAACCUCAAGGUGAACUUCUUCUUCGAGCGGGUCAUGAAGCACGAGCGCCUGGCCCGGGUCCUCCUGCAGGAGAUCCCCGUUCGGGGCCUCAGUCUGAGAAGCUGCUACUUCAGCGACCCGGACUGGUCCAUGAGGCCCACGCUGACGGAUCUCCUGCCCACCUUCCGGCACACGCUGCAGGCCCCGAGUCCCGUGAUGGACGAUUGGACCCGGGCACACGGGGUGCAACUGGGGAGCCACCACUGCCCAACCAGCGGCCCGGAGCCGCCCCCCAAACCUCGGCCCCGAGGCCCCGCCCAGAGCUUGUGUCUCUGA